GCGAUGACGCUCGUGGCAGCACCGGAAAUAGCGGCGGCGGUGGCGGCAGCAUGGGGAAGCAGAAGAAGGCGCGGAAAUACGCGGUCAUGAAGCGCAUGAUCAGCCUCCGGGACCAGCGCAUUAACGAGAAGGAGCGGGCGAAAGCCCCCGUGAAGAAGAAAGAGGACCCGAGUGCCAUCAAGGAGCGGGAGGUCCCCCAGCAUCCCUCUUGUUUGUUCUUCCAGUAUAACACGCAGUUGGGCCCCCCUUAUCACAUCCUGGUUGACACUAAUUUCAUCAACUUCUCCAUCAAGGCCAAGCUGGACCUAGUGCAGUCAAUGAUGGACUGUCUCUAUGCCAAGUGUAUUCCAUGCAUCACAGAUUGUGUAAUGGGUGAAAUUGAGAAGUUAGGACAGAAGUACCGUGUGGCAUUAAGAAUUGCCAAGGACCCUCGCUUUGAACGCUUGCCAUGUAUGCACAAAGGAACCUACGCAGAUGACUGCUUGGUACAGAGGGUCACGCAGCACAAGUGUUAUAUUGUGGCCACAGUGGAUAAAGAGCUCAAACGGAGAAUACGAAAAAUCCCAGGAGUGCCUAUAAUGUAUAUUUCCAGGCACAGGUACAAUAUUGAGAGGAUGCCAGAUGACUAUGGAGCUCCUCGAUUCUAACCUGUCCAGCCAAGCCGUCGAUGCCAUGGCUCUGAGCCAGGAUAAGGGUCCCUCUGUUUCCAAACCACCUGCUUUCUUUUUUGCUGGGACUCUGCUCAUAGGACUGUGGGUGACAUUGGACUGACUUCAUAGCCUUGAUCUAAGAAAAAGCUACUUGGAAGACUCUGUUUUUAUUCAUCCUUGUUCUGACUUGAUUGACCUGAUUACCUAUACCUGGGAGAAGCAUAUAGGAAGGAGAGGAUGGCAGUGUCCUGAACAUGCCUAACUCCCUCUUCAUUGGGAUCAUUGGAAAAAGUGCUUUCAGCAUUCUGAAUUAAAUAUUGGUGAUGCAACUCUGGCUGAGUAUGAAACCACAGAAAUUUUAGAAGUUUCUUAUUGCUGCACCUGCAGCAGGACAAGUAUUCCUCUGGGAAAGUCCUUCACACCUGUCCCACGAGCAAAUCGGAAUCUGGAUUCUGGACAAAAGCUGUCAAAUCUGCACCAGUUGGCAUGCUUUCUCAGGACCAGUGGUCUGGAAGAUUUUCAUUCAGAAUUGAUGAGCUUUUAUUCAACUGUACAAUGAAUGAAACCGGGUUAAGUGUCCUGCCUAGAUUCCCGUGUCUGUACUGGGUUAGCUGGCAGCUCAGUCCUUUUGCUUAUAUGCAGAGUGAUGGCAGGAGGGCAGGGCUGGGUUGGGACAGACCUCUCCCUGUUGUUUGCUUGGCACCUAUGCUCCCCAAAGCCUUACCCCUUUCAUUUGGUGUCAGGGAAGAACAGGAAGAAUUUGACAGGAAGACGUCAAACGGUGAAAGGUAUUAAUGUGGGCUGGGAGCAGAGUAGGUGGGGAGAAGUGGAGAAAUGGCUGUGGAUCAAGAGAGUCUCACAGAGACUUGCAGCAUUCAUUGCAGGGAAGGAAGUGAUCAGACCAGGGAGGGCAAAGAGUGGUUAAGCCACAUGGAGAAGUGCAGUGGAAAAAAUAUUUCAAAGCUCUAACUCUGCAUUCUCCUAUCUUCUCCAUUACUCUUUAAUUUUUAGCAGUAUUAUUUGCUCUUCUGAUCUCUGCUCUGGAGUGAGGAGAAUUGUCUUAAGACCGAGAGGUGAGAGAGAAUCACCAGGUCACCAGGGGCCAAUAUGCCGUAGCGUGCUUCCUGGCAGAAACACUGCAGUUGGGGUAUAGUAAAAGGGGAGACUGAAAAUUUAUAUUCUUGCUAUAAUUAAGAAAAUUUCCAGGCUUUAAUAGAACUUUUAUCCUGUGGUGCCUUACACUGGUCCAGGCUGCUGAGAAUAGCUGAACUCAGAUGUCUAUAUGCUGGGUAGCAUAGAGUGAAGAUGAUACCUCUCCUCUGCUAAUCACUUCCUGUCCUUGGGAGAUGCCCUCAUGUGCUAAUAAUUUCCUUGCCAGCACCCUGCCCUCUACAGAUAUUGCAGGAAACUUUGGGAACUCAUCAGUCUUACCCCUUGAACUAUCUCUGCUUGCUGCAGGCUCACCUACUAAACUCAUCGCUGAAAUAGCAGCAUACUGACACUUUCAAAACAUAGUCCCCUUCCCAGCUAUCACAAUUGAAGUUUAUCUUCUUCAUCUCCAGCCAGGAAGAGGGUAGCCAACAACUCUGAGAUUUUAUACUUGGACUAUAAUUGCACAUUUCAAAAAUAAUAUCCUUAUUUUUCUUCUCUUGA